AUGGCCGAUGAAGAACAAGCAGUCCAGCGCCCGGCGCAAAUGUACCAGACGCCCGAGUGGGAGACUCCCACCACUAACAAGCGCCGGUCUUUCUUUGAUCGCUUCGCUCCAGCAUCAGCUACCCACAAAAACAACACCACCUCCGACAAGGGCUAUGCUAAGGAGAACAUUUCCAAUGAUUCGGAUCAUGCACACUCGGCUACGCCAGUGGUGGGCGCAACGGCCACAACGGCUGCGAUUGCGACUGCGGCCCCAAAGACCCAUCCUUCUCUCCGCGCUCGCUUCGACGCUCUGCUGCCGCCGAACAAAAACUACGUUGGCCUCUCCCGCAAGCGAUUCCUUCUCUUCGUGGUCCUCCCACUUGCCGUACUCAUCUUGCUCGUCCUACCUCUCGCCUUGGGUCUCGGACUCUCGAAGCGUGGCGGCGGAAAGGAGGACCUGCCUCUGCCCACAAAUCAGGAGGUCCACACCGGGGAUUUGACGUACUACGACGUGGGACUGGGUGCUUGUGGACAGACCUACAGCGAUAGCGAUUUGAUCGUCGCCGUCUCGCACUACAUCUGGGACGCGGUUCAGAGCGGCGGCAACCCGAACAGCAAUCCCCUGUGUGGAAAGAAGAUCCGCGUCCGCCGCGAUGGCGAGGGCUCUGUAGACGUGACUGUGGUAGAUCGGUGCACUGGAUGCGAGCCAACUGACCUGGACCUGAGUCCGGCCGUCUUUGACCGACUGGCGAACAAGGACCAAGGAAGAGUAACAGGCACAUGGAGCUGGUUGGAUUGA